CGAGACUUCCAACAGUCACACCCUUUGAUUCCUCUUUCCAUAUUCCCCAAAUCUGCAUCUCCAGUCAGAUUCACACUUAAUUUUGUACAAAUUCUUUCCAAUAUACCAAAUCCGACAUUAAAUACUUUCCUAUCUCACUUUGAAUCGAUUCAUUUCUUCCCGGAUUUGGUAAAUAUUCUCCAUUUAUAGCUCAAUUUAAUAUUUCCAGGGUUUUCGUUCACUCUUCAGUUGAAAUGUUGCGUGGGCUCUCGAAAUCCGUCUUUUAAACGGGUAUAAUUACGUCUCCGUGUGUAAUUGAAGCGAUCGGGUUGAUUGAGAGGGUUACCGUUUUGGUUUUGUUUGAAGUUUGGUUGCGAUCUGUGACAUGAAGAUCGAGGAUUUGGAGGAUUCGUCUGAUGUGAAAAAUAAUCAGCAAAUUGUUGAUUAUAAUUAUAGUCGGCAAAUUGUUACAGUGGAUGCGAAGAGAGCGUUGGUUGGAGCUGGGGCUCGCAUCCUGUUUUACCCCACGCUUCUGUAUAAUGUUUGUCGUAACAAGAUUCAAGCUGAGUUCAGAUGGUGGGAUCAAAUCGAUCAGUUUCUUCUUCUGGGUGCUGUUCCAUUUCCAAAAGAUGUUCCAAGAUUGAAGCAACUUGGUGUUGGUGGUGUCAUCACCCUCAAUGAGCCUUAUGAAACUUUGGUUCCCUCUUCUUUAUAUCGCGCUCAUGGUAUAGACCAUCUUGUUAUUCCCACCAGAGAUUACCUAUUUGCCCCUUCAUUUGUUGACAUUGAUCGAGCAGUAAAUUUCAUUCACAAGAAUGCAACAAAUUGCAAGACUACAUAUGUACACUGCAAAGCUGGAAGGGGUAGAAGCACAACAAUUGUACUAUGUUAUUUGGUGGAAUACAAGAACAUGACUCCAUCUUCUGCACUGGAAUAUGUACGAUCUAGACGACCUAGAGUGCUGUUAGCUCCAUCUCAGUGGAAGGCAGUUCAGGAAUACAAGCAUUGGCGAAUAGCAUCAACUGCCACGUCAUCACCAUCAUCAGGGGAUGCUGUUUUGAUCACAAAAGCUGAUCUGGAAGGGUAUAAUGGUCAAUUACAAGGCAAAGAAUUGGCUCUUGUUCCAAGAGUAGCAAAAACAAGGCCCAUGAUAGCAAAACUAUCAUGUCUUUUUGCAUCUUUGAAAGUUUCUGGUGGAUCUUCACUAAUGAAUAUGAAGUUAACUGAGGCUCCAGCUUGUUAGUUACUCUGGUUUUUUAUAAAAGAGGAUCUAAGAACAAAAAAGACAAUAUAAUAUAAUGUAUAUAUAUAUGUUUGUUUUAUGUUAAUGAAAACGUAUUGCUUUUUGUUUUUGUUUGGGUAAUGCAAUUAUAUAUAUGAAGUAGGGUAUCUACAACGUAUAACACCAUUUAUACACCAAAAAGUGCACUUUCCUUUUGUGACUGAUAUAAAUUGUCUUG